AUGGUUCACGGCCACGAGAAAGAGCAAGGAAAAACCCUAGCUCGUACCCCAGAGGACUCCCUUCAAGCAAAUGACCCGGACAACCCCUUCAAUUGGUCCCCAACAAAGAAAUGGAGCGUAACUUUAGUCGCCUGCUACGUAACCUUCAUCGUGGGGUUCAACGCGACAGCCCUCACAGCCGCCGUUAACGAAACUAAUGCCCAAUUCCACAUAUCCGAUGCCUCGUUUCCGCACUCCGUUUGGCCCGUCACGGCAUGGAACACAGGCGGUGCUUUAGCUCCAAUGGUUGUGCUUCCGAUUAUGGAAGACUACGGCACAAGACCUGGGUACCUCAUUACGUAUUUCCUAUUUGUCAUCUUCGUCAUCCCUCAAGCUGUAGCGCAGAACUUCGCAACGUUCAUCGUUUGCCGCUUUUUUGCGGGAUGUUGCGGAGCAGUACUUCAAGACGCAAUGGAUGGGAUUAUUGCAGAUAUAUGGGCGGAGGCUACUCAGCGAAGCUUACCGGUAUCGUGCUACGUUUUCGCGCUUCUUGCGGGUGUGAGUAUAGGACCAGUCGUCGGUGGAGCGAUUAUGGAGAGCUUGAGUUGGCGAUGGAUCUUCUACACCCAACUCGUAAUCUACGGCGGCUCCGCCCCCAUCGUGUUUCUCAUCUUCCGCGAAACCCGCUGCCCCAUCAUCCUCUCCCGUCGAAAAAAACGAAAUCACCAACAUCCACCUGAGCUCGACGAUGCCAACCCCAACACCCCAAACACUGCCAAACACCCCAUCCCCCUCACCGCCCUCAAAGCCUUCCUCGCUAGCAACAUCCUCCGCCCUCUCCUCCUCCUCACCACCGAACCCGUCGUUGCCUCCUUCACUCUACUCUCCGCCCUCUCCUACGGCCUGCUCUUCCUCGCCACCCAAUCCGUGCCCCAAGUCUACGCCGCCCUCUACGCCUUCUCCGAACCUUCCACCGGCCUAAUCCAAGCCUCCAUCGUCGUCGGCGAAGUCCUCGGCUUCCUCGCCUGCGCCUCCAUCGGCGACCCCUACUUCGCGCGUGCCUCGGCCGGCACCGCGCGCAUCCUCGGCGGCCCUCCCCAGCUCCCCGAAGUCCGCCUCUACCUCGCCAUCCCGGCCUCCUUCAUCGGGCUCGCUGGCGGGCUGUUCGUGUACGGCUGGACCGCCUACGCCGACGUCACAUUCUGGGCGCCGGCCGUCGGUCUUUUACUCGUCGGGUUUGGCAGCGUGGUGGUCAUGCAGGCGAUCAUGAUGUACAUCACGGACGCGUACGCGAAGUACGCGGCGAGCGCGUCGGCGGCGGUGUGCUUUGGGGAGAACAUGGCGGCGGCGUUCUUGCCGCUCGCGAGCCAGAGCAUGUAUAGCAAUCUGAGAUUUCACUGGGCGAGCAGCUUGCUGGCGUUUGUGGCGGUGGCGUUGAGCUGUGCGCCGGUGGUGUUGGUGUGGAAGGGGCGGGCGAUUCGGGAGAAGAGUCCGUUUAUGAGGGAGGCGAUGGUUGGGUAG